AUGGAUGGUCACAGUACAAAGCCGCCCAAUAGGCAGCAAUUCAAUGCCAUUACAUUACAAAAUCAAUCGAUUUUGUGUGGAAUGGAAAUCAAACAGGAGCCAACCAUUAAACAAGAGAAUGAAGUCUCCGGCGAAAUUUUGAUGGUGUCGCGGCCAAUACACACAGCCAUUGCAUCACGUGGCAGUUCGACUGGUGGUAAAGAAGUGGAUGACAGCAACGAUUGCUUCGAUUUCUAUGAUUUGGAUGAGGUAAAAUCGGAAGUGAAGAUUGAAAAGGUCAGAAUUAAGGUGAAUCAAGUUCCAGGGAAAAGCUGUAGCAAAGACCAAACGCCACGAAACAAUGCAAGGAAGCGUUAUUCGAAGGGAAAGAAACAAAAAUCUGGUGUGCAGAUUUAUGGUAACGUAGAGAAAAAUGCAACUACAGCCACCGAAAAAGAAAGAAAAAUGGCGAAUUUAGGUGGAAAGAAGGUGAAAACUGAAGAAGUCAAGACAAAUGAAAAGCGACACAAGUGCUCAUUGUGCGAUUACGUCACUGACAUUAAAACCAAUUUGAAGACACACAUGCUGAAGCACACUGGCGAUAAGCCAUUUCCUUGCACCAAGGUUGAAAAAAGUGGCGAAGCAAACAGUUUUGGUAGCAAGCAGAAACCAGCUCAAGACAAGACAAAUGAAAAGCGACACAAGUGUUCAUUGUGCGAGUAUCAGACUUCGGACAAACGCAAUUUGAAAAGGCACGUGCUCAAGCACACUGGUGAAAAACCUUUUCCGUGUUGCGUGUGCCAAAAGCGAUUCUCAACAAAACAACAUCUCCGAUCGCACAUGAAAACUCACGUCGAUGAAUUGCCAUUCCGAUGUGAAGUAUGCUCGAAGUGCUUCUCGCAAAAGAUAAAUCUCAAUCAACACAAGAAAAUUCACAAUGGCGAACGACCAUUUCCAUGCAGCGUGUGCCAGAAGCGAUUCACUCAAAAACGCAAUCUCCAAUCGCACAUAAAAACACACGUCGAUGAAUUUCUGUUCAGUUGCUUAAAUUGUUUGCAAGGAUUUCAUCGCAGCGAAGAGGAAAAGGAACAUGAAUCCGGUUGCAAGGUGCGUCGACACGAGUGUCAUCUGUGCAAGGAAUUCUCUACAUUGGAUAAAAAGGAUUUGAAAGUUCAUCUGCGCGUGCAUACUGGCGAGAGAACAUUCGAAUGCAGCCAUUGCUCUCAGAAAUUCAAUCAAUCAAGUGCCUUGAAACGUCACCUUGAGACUCACAUCAAUCCUCGCCCAUUGAAAAUCAAGUGUUCAUCUUGCUUCAAAAACUUCACACAACGGGAGGAAAAAGAAAAUCAUGAAGCCAACUGCAAGCGGCGCGGAUACCGAUGCGAUUUUUGCAAGACCUACACAACUGAUCAGAAAACAAAUUGGAUGGACCACAUGCGAAUCCACACUGGCGAAAAGCCAUUCCGAUGUGAGACCUGUGCGAAGUGCUUCUCACAAAAGAAUGAAUCGAUUUUGGGCGGAAAGGAAAUAAAACAGGAGCCGGCCGUCAAACAAGAGCCAAGAAAUGACAAUGGUAUUGUAAUGGUGUCGAGAUCAGCCCACACAACCACUGGAAGACCUGACAAUGUAAUUGGUAGCGAGCGAGUGAAUGAUACCGACAAUUAUUUCGAUUUCCAUAAUCUAGAUGAGGUUAAAGUGGAAGUAAAGAUUGAAAAGGUUAAGGAUGAGGUGAAUCAAGUUCCACGGAAGAGCUCUAAAGCCACAAAAUAUCGAGAAUCAAGCAAAAUUGGUAGCAAGAAGGUGCCAACUGAAGGCAAGGCAAAUGAAAAGCGAUACAUGUGUUCAUUGUGCGAUUAUAUCACUGACAUCAAAACCAAUUUGAAUAAUCACAUGCUCAAACACACUGGCGAACGACCAUUUCCAUACAGCCUGUGCCGGAAGCGAUUCACAACAAAACAAAAUCUCCAAUCGCACAUGAAAACACACGUCGAUGAGUUUCUGUUCAGUUGCUCAAAUUGUUCGCAAGGAUUUGAUCGCAGCGAGGAAAAGGUGGAACAUGAAUCUGAUUGCAAGGUACGUCGCUACGAGUGUCACCUGUGCAAGGAAUUCUCAACAUUGGAUAAGACGAAAUUGAAACGUCAUCUGCUUGUGCAUACCGGCGUGAGACCAUUCGAAUGUGAACAAUGCUCAAAGAGAUUCAAUCAACCAACUGCUUUGAGACUCCAUCGCAAAACUCACGGCAAUCCUCGUCCUCGUCCUCGUCCAUUCAAAAUCAAGUGUUCAACUUGCUUCAAAAUCUUCGCACAACAGAAGGAAAAGGAAAAUCAUAAAACUGAUGAUAAACCAAAUAUGAUGAAACAUAUGCGAGUCCACACUGGCGAAAAGCCAUUCCGAU